AUGGCGUCCACCACCUUCGAGCCCCAACCCCUAGCCGCACCCCUCGACGAUCGUUCUCUGGCUUUGCUUGAGGACUUAGUGAGCAGAGACCGACCACUGGGCGUCCGUGAGAAGAAGCUGCACGACUUCCUCGUCACGGCCGUGGACCAGCUGACCGAAGUGACGGGCAAACUCAACGACCGAGCGUACGAGCGUAGAGUCAGGCACGAACGGGAACGGGCGCGGCGGCGGCAACAGCAACAGCAACAGCAACAGCAAGAAGAUGGAGGCGAUGUAGACACAAGCACCAACGACGACGAGGCGGAAGUGGCGCACGAGCAGUUUCAGCAAAAGGUCGAGACUCUGACCGCGAAGAUGGAUCUGAGCAUUCGCGCAAUCAUCGACGACCAGGUGUGGCUGGAAGGUCUUCCUGCAGCGCUUCGACAUGUGGUGACUGCGGCGCGCAACGCUGCAUCUGAGACUCAGCAGAUGCAGACGCAGCCAACACCAAGUCCCACCCCUGUCCAAUCGACCGGGCGAAGUCCCGACGACGGGCAUAACGACGAUGCAAGUGGACGGGAACGUAAACCGGCAACCCAGCGUCAGCCAACUGCAGUUCAACCGAGUGAAACACCCCACGAGCUUCUGGCUGCUGCACUGCAAGAGCAAAGUCGGGAAUGGGCCUCCAAGACCCUGACGGAGAGAUACGCACAUAACAAUGAUUACAAGGGCUUCUACCGCGUCCUGUACGACGCAAAACAUCCCGGAGAAGCCGCGCCGCCCAUGCCGAAUGAGCGGUUAUGGUUCGCGGCGGAAGAAGGACGUGAGUUGAUCUCGACUCAACAACGCUCACGUCACGACAGUGGAAGGGACGAAGAAGGAGAUGAGGAGAAUGACAAUGACGACGACGACGACGACGACGACGACGAAAUCGAAAUCGCGUCGGAACGAGUCCGCAUCAAGUGCCCUAUCACGCUCCUGCCCUACGUCGACCCGGUCACGUCGUUGAGGUGCAACCAUUCGUACGAAAAGUCGGCCAUCCAAUCCAUGCUGGAAACCGCUCAAGACCACGCCCCCUUUACACCUGAACAGCUGGCCGAACUUGACCGCUUAGACCGCCGGGACAGGCCGCGGCGCGAGCGCCAAAUGCGUGUGCCCCAGGUCAAAUGUCCCGAGUGUAACCUGCCAUUGACCGCGGCGGACUUGAAGCCCAACCCGGCGCUGAGGAGGCGGGUGCAGCGGCUCCUCGAGAGCGCGCGACGGAAUCAAGAGCGCGACAUUGCCACGAGCGAUGUCGAUCAGGACGACGAAGAGGAUGAUGCCGAAGACAUGGUCCGUGGCACCCAACGUAGACCGGUCGGUCUGGGCUCGAGUCCCGUCCCACCCUCGUCGGCCGCCACCCGGAGGAGUGUGAGGGAGGCCAAGCGCGAGAGACCGUCUUCUGUGAUCCCGCAGACCCAGCUGUCUAGACCUGGCACGGCCCCGAGCGGCACGCCAUCACGCCUCCGGCAUGCUGCGAGCGCCAGGCCUCGAUCUGCCAUCCUCGACGUGGAAGAGGACGAUCUUGCCUGA